AUGACGCCCAAGCGUCGGAUGGACGAGCCCAUGGACGAUGAGAUCGACGCGUUCGCCGAGUCGCGUGACCGCGUGUCUUUGGACGCCAUCGGCGAGCUGCGGAGGGGGCGGCGGGAAGGCGACGUCGAGAGCGACGACGACGAGGAGAUACCCGUUCUGGACAUUUCGGACGAGUCUGAUUCGGAAACUGAAGGCGGCAGCGAUGUGGAGGAUGGGGAGUCCGAGGGGACGAGCGAGGAAGAGCUGGUCGCGUCGGCCUUGCGGCAAGGGGGCAAAGUCGCGGAGAUUGCCAAGGCGGCCAGGGCCAUUCGGACGGAGAUUCAGAGGCACAAAGGCCUCGACAGCGAGGACAGUGGAAGCGAAGAGGGUGGCGAGCCUGCUUGGGGUGGAAUCGACGACCAUUAUGGCGAUGACUUGGAAUUUGAGCGUGACCCAGAGGCCCGCAGGGCUGAGGAGGAGGAAAUGUACAGGCUGCAGCAGCAGAGACUGAGCAAACUGUCUGAACAAGACUUUGGGCUGUUGAGCGAUUCGGAAGCAGAGAGUGGAGGAGAUCAAGAAGGUCCCCUGGAGAGCGGCACCAGACAUGCUGCAGCCACAUCUCAAGAUGUCUCCAUUCUCAAAAGGGGGAAGGAAUUGGGCGCUGUAUCGAUUGAUGAUAUUCCUGAGGUUGCUGCCAUGUGCGCUGAGCUAAAGGAAAGUCUGCAUGAGGUCAGAAAGAAAAUCACGCCCCUGCUUAAAGAGGUCAGAGCUGGAGGACUCUGUGACAAUGAGGGGCUCAACUAUCUUGAGGCCAAGCAACUACUGCUGCUGCAUUAUUGCCUGUGCAUUUUGUUCUUCCUGCUGCUCAAGCUUGAGGGCAAGUCCGUCAAGGACCACCCUGUUGUUGUAAGGCUGGUGGAAAUUCGAGCCAAUUUGGAGAAGAUUCGUCCAAUCGACAGGCGCUUGCAGUACCAACUUGACAAAUUGCUGAGGGCUGCCAAGAUGGCAAAGGAAGCAGAGGAGGCGGAGGAGGCUGGACAGGAUGCUGCAGACCUCCACCAAUGUGGUCCAAGACCUGACAUGCUGGUGCCAAAAGCUGCUGACACUGCCAAUGGGAAUGAUGGUGGUGUCUACCGUCCCCCAAGGCUGAACUCAACUGCAUUGGAAGAGCGUGAUAAGAGAAAAUUUAAGGCCAAGAAGCUGAAGAACACCAAGAAGCGAGCUGCCAGACGUGCUGUUCAGGUCCAAGAGAUGGCAGCUGAGCUGGCAGAAGCUCCAGAGGCGCUGCCAGGAACACCAGCAGGGAUGGAGACUGCAGGAGCCAUCAGAACGCUGCGAAAGAUGAGGGAGAAGGAGAAUGUGGAAAAGGAAUUGAUGCCAAGCUCACUGACAACAGGGGUGGCGAAGCGGCGUUUGAAGGUGCAUCAUGGAGCUGGAUUGUCUGGGAGAGUUUUCAACGACUUUGCUGAUGAGGUUGCUGACAUGGUGGACUCAGUUGGCAGGAUCAAAGCCCAACAUGCUCUCAGUCAAAAAUUUGGGAUAGAUUUGGCACCCAAGCAUUCGCUGAAUCCAAAGACUGGUGUUGGUUCUGGAACAGGGGAUGAGGAUCUGCCAACUAAGCCGUCACUGUUGGAACGACGCAUGAAGCAUCAGAGCAACCAAUUGCGCAAAGGUGUAUUGUCCAGAGGAAAGCCAGAAACACAAGAGAACGGGUCAAGCCAAGAGGCUCGGAAUCGCCCACACAAGAGCAAGGUUGCUGAGAAGAAACUCCAAACGUCAAAGCCGCCAAGGGCACCAAUGACAGUGGAUGGCCCCAGAGCGAUCACGAAAGAAAUUCGUCAUAACAGAGGGCUCAUGGCAUACAGGCGGAAAGACACAAAGAAUCCCCGGAAAAAGCAGCGCGUUCGCUACGAGAGAGCUGUGUCAAAGAGGAAAGGACAAGCAGUUAGUGUCAAGAAGGGAGGCUUCAACUACGGAGGAGAAAAGACAGGAAUCAACGCCAACAUCUCAAAGGGCGUCCGAUUCCAGUGA